CCCGGACGUAAACGCACGCGUUCCCAGAGCACACUAGCCAUCCGCGGCGCGCGCAGGCCAGAAGCAAGGAGGCGAGACAGAAAUGGCGGCGACGGCGGGGGAAGCAGCGUGAUAUGCUGUAGCAAUAAAACAACCUUAAAAUACAACUGUCAGUCCAUUGUCGAGAAAAUGAAAAAGAUGUCGAAUUAGGCUGUCUUUUGUAAUAAUUAUUACAAAAAACUAACACCUUCCCCGGAGAACGUCCAUCUUCUGAUUGGAAAAGAGAAUCUCACAGGGAGCAUGGCUUCUCAGAGUAACGUUAACCAGUAUAUCUUCGGCGAGUUCAGCCCUGAUGAGAUCAAUCAGUUCUUCGUGACUCCACGAUGUUAUGUUGAGCUUCCCCCAUUCAAUGACAAAGUCUCCUGCGUCAGUCAGUCUUCAGGAAGUUACUGCACUCCUGCUGUGCCUUACAUUACGGAGUCUAUGAGACGGCAGGUUUGCGGUGAAGACUACCAGCACAUUGAGUUUGGUGUGGACGAGGUGAUGGACUUGGAGCCCGUGGGAGUGAAGGAUCCUCUCUUCAAGGUGUCCAGCACUCUGAACCCCCAGGCUCCAGAGUUCAUCCUAGGAUGCCAGCCGUCUCCGAAGGUCCCACAGACAGCCGCAGCAGACGGCGCACACUACAACUCCCUGGACGGCCCGGACGGCCCCGACUCAGAACCCUCCGCCAUGGACAGCAACCAAAACUGCCAGGAUGGGGACGGGGGCCCGGGCAGCCUGGGCCAGCGGGAGAGGAAGAAAAAGAAAAAGCGCCCGCCAGGAUACUACAACUACUUGGAGGGCUCAGGCCCCAAUAGCGGUGGCAUGGGUGUGGACGGGCCUCCUGGAAAGGGGUUGGUGAAUGGACACGCUCUUAGCGGCCCUCACCUCGGGUCGCAGGACAUGGUUGGUAAGACGUUGUCAGGGGGUGGACUUUCCACCUCAGCCCCUGUCGCUACGGCAGCAGCGUCGGCUGCUGUGAAUCAGAGGACUUGUGAUAGCCCUGAUGAAUCGUCUUUGGACUUCACGAGUGGAGCCGCCUCUUUAUCAGAUGGUAAAGAUGCGGCCUCCUCUUCUUCCUCCUCUUCUCAGAGCAGUGGGGUGGCAGAGGGAGGCAGAACUGCAGAGCAGCAGCCUGAGACCAUGGCUCCAGAGAGCCCUGAACUGCUGGGCAGCGGCGGGCACAGCCCCUGCCCCACCUCCCCCCUCAGUGCUGUGGCCAGCCCCCCUGCCACCAUUGCUACUGCUACUACUGAAGAAGAGGAGGAGACUAAGGACAGUGGGGUGGCUAAUGGGCUGGCUGAGCCCCAUGCUGACAUCAGUGCAGACGGACACAAGGAGGCCUCUGAGGCAUUGGAGCAGCCCCAGCAGCAGGCCCCAACUCCCUCAGUGGAACCUGCUUCCUCCCCAGACUCUGAGGCCCAGCCGUCAGUGGCAGAUCAGCCUAAGUCGCCUGCCUCUCCGGCUACGCCCGCUGCCAACCCCCUCAAAUCCUGGGCUAGCCUCUUCCACAACUCCAAGCCUCUGCCUGGAAGCCCUCAGGCCUACGUGGAGGUGAAGAACGUGGUGGAGGUAGUGGCUCCCUCCCUGGCCGCUGUGGAGCAGCAUGAGAAGGCUGGGGAGGUGAAGGAGAGCCCUGUCCAUGUAUCAGAGGAUCCCAUGGCCCCUAAACUUGCAGAACUAAUUGAGAAUGUGAAGUUGAUACACAAACCAGUGUCUUUGCAACCAAGAGGACUGAUCAACAGGGGAAACUGGUGCUAUAUCAAUGCUACAUUGCAGGCCCUGAUUGCUUGCCCCCCCAUGUAUCACCUGUUGAAGUCCAUUCCCCUGUUCAAUGACACCCAGAGACCCUGUACUUCCACACCCAUGAUGGACAACUUUGUAAGGCUUGUCAAUGAGUUCAACAAUAUGCCUGUGCCAUCCAAAGCCAAGCAGCAAGCUGCUGGUGAAAAGAUAAUAAAAGACAUUCGCCCAGGUGCUCCUUUUGAACCCAACUACAUCUACAGACUCCUCACCCUCAUCAAGUCGAGUCUCUCGGAGAAGGGUCGACAGGAGGAUGCGGAGGAGUACCUGGGUUUCACCCUCAACGGACUGCAUGAGGAGAUGCUGGCUUUGAAAAAGCUCUUCUCCCCUCAGGAAGAGAAAGCCCCCACACCCAACGGCCCAGAGUCCCAGUCAGGUGUGGAUGAUGCUGCUGCUGAUAAGGAGGAGGGGAGCGAGGACGAAUGGGAGCAAGUGGGCCCCCGAAACAAGACCUCCAUUACCCGUCAAGCUGACUUUGUCCGCACCCCUAUCACUGACAUAUUCGGAGGGCACAUCCGGUCGGUGGUGUACCAGCAGAACUCUAAGGAGUCAGCCACCCUGCAGCCCUUCUUCACCCUGCAGCUGGACAUCCAGUCAGAGAAGAUCCGCACUGUUCAGGAGGCCCUGGAGACCCUGGUGGCACGGGAGUCAGUUCAGGGCUACACCACUAAAACCAAGCAGGAGAUUGAGAUCAGCCGGAGAGUGACCCUAGAGGAGCUCCCUCCAGUGCUGGUGCUCCAUCUCAAGAGAUUUGUGUUUGAGAAGACUGGAGGCUGUCAGAAACUGAUCAAGAACAUUGAUUACCCUGUAGACCUGGAGAUCAGCAAAGAUCUCCUCUCUUCAGGGGUGCGGAGUAAAAUAUUCAAAGGCCAAAGAACCUACAGGCUCUUUGCAGUUGUCUAUCACCAUGGGAACAGCGCUACAGGCGGCCAUUACACCACGGAUGUCUUCCACAUUGGUCUGAACGGCUGGCUGCGCAUUGACGACCAGUCAGUGAAGGUCAUCAACCAGUACCAGGUGGUGAAGCAGACUGCUGAGCGCACUGCCUACCUGCUGUACUACCGUCGCGUCGACCUGCUGUAGACACCACACACACGUUCAUGCACACUCAGAGGAACACUCGAUUUACACACAUUCAACUACACGUACACUCCCACUACAGACAUACACACUCAAGUGCACAUACACAUGCAUACAUACAAACUAAUGAACAGGAACACUGCCCAACUUCUUGCAAGAUUUUCUCCCCCCCCUCGUCCCUGCUUUUCCAGAGAGCCAGCUUUUCCAACAAUGCCUUUUUUCCUUUUAUCUUUUUUUGAAAGAGUUAGAGGGAAAAAGGACGCGUUGUAAAAUAUUUUCCCUGUGAUGGCUUCCUCUUCUCUGUGCGUCACUGCUGUUUUUUUAAUGCUGAGAGGAGAGACUGUUGAAUGGACUGAAGGGAGGGGACCUUGAGACUCGCCUCUGAACCUACAGCCUCGUUCAGACUGGGAACAGUGGGUACUUUACCCACAGGACGAACUAUCUAUCUACAACACCAGACUGCAGAUGUCCGGUUGGGCUGCUGGAGAGAAGUCAUCUUUUUUUGUUUGUUAAUCUACUCAUUUUUUUUUUCAUCUUUCUUUUUUUGUUGUUGAAAAUGGCAUAAAAUAAUCAGUGUUUUGCCUUUUAGCAAGGGGAGUUGUCCUAAUGAAUUUGCAGCAGUUUAAACACCUGUUGAAAUUUUGUCAGAGUGCAUCGAAAAAGGCCCUGCACCAGCAAACAGCAAAACAUUACCGAAUGAGUCUCUUUAACUCCAGAGGCAAGAUGCUCUUCAUGGCCACCGUCUCUUCUUACUUCUCCACCUUCCUCACUUUCCUGAUGCUUUUAAAUCUAGGUAAAACUUGAGCCAUCAAAAAAAUAGAAACAAUUACAGGAGAAGAGGUGCUGCUACAGUGUGCUGAAACUAAACAGCUUUGUUUGAAAGAACCUUGUGUUUUCUGGGUGUAGAAUUAGAAAGAAUAUCUAAAAACAAUUUUAAUGCGCUUUAGGAUUUAAAUGAUGAUAUAAAAAAAGAAGCUACUGUGCACGUAUAAUAUAUCUGAUCAAUAACAAGAUGUGGAUGUGCUAAUGCACACUUGCAGAUAUUUUAAGAUUUAAAACUGUUUAAAAAAAGAAGAAAAAAUAGAGACAUCUGAAUCAAGUUGAGUGUCACCUUGUUUGGCUCCUUGAGUGGCUGUUAGUUCUAAGGAUUUCUGAGUACUCUGGAGCCCUGGAGAGAUACCAGUGAAGACUGAGAUUCCACCACAAGCACCAGCCCGUGUUAAUUUUAUACCUAUCCUUUCCCCCCUCAUCCUUCAUUUAUCAUUUUUUCCUUGUUCUGGUCUAAAGGUUCCAUCUAUGUAUAGGCGGUCUGCCGUUGUAGAGUUACAACAGCCACAUGACCCCUUACCCACCCCCAACUCACCAGUAAAAGGGGGCUUCCUUAGGUUCGCAGUGCAAAGCUUUCUAAUCCAAAUCUCCACUCAAUGUACGAGUCCAACCCAGUGAGUGUGACAACUGUAAGUCAAAUGUCUGUAAAGUUUAUGGGAAUGUACCUGACCUGUGCAUUUCCUCUUUUGUGGCUGAGUGCAGUUCCUCUCCAGUGAGAGAGACUGUCCAUGUUGAGAGGAAGUGGAUCACAUCUGCUGCUUGGCUCUAGAAAUGAAAUCCCCCACAACAAAUGCCCACAAAAGGAAAUCAUGUUUGUUUUUGUUUGAGACCUUGCUUUUGCAUCAUCAUUAUUCAUUGAUUGUGUUUUGAGUUUUGCUUAAAUGUUAUUUUUCAUUUUUUCAAUAAUACCAUGACCGUUUCCCCAGAAUUAUACUAUAUGGCAUCUAAAUUGAUAUUUGAGCGAAAUUUCCCAAGGUAAAGCACAACAAUGAAUAAAUUGGACAAGGUCUUUGAUUGAUCAUAUAUAUAUUUUUUCCUUUAAGUUUGAGCCAUAGUUUAAUCUUAAGGGACAUUUCAACAAAACCAAUGUCAGAAUCUGUCAGUAUUUAAUCCUUUACAAAAAUAACAUAACUGGUACAUUAAUUUUCUGAAGACUUGGUGCAUUGUGGUUUACCCUUGUAUACUCUGUCCUUAAUGGGCAAAGCAGACCAUUUUCUAAAGAUCUUUCAUAUACUGUAUACACUUUCUCACAUACACACUACGUGCGCACACACACUUGGCCAUUAGAUAAAGCGAGGUACACAACUGGGAAUGGGUCUUUUGGUAAGGCGGCUCUCACACUUUCCCAUUUCUGACCACUGGAAGGUGAGGGCAGUGUGAAAUCAUUUUUCCCUCAUUGGAAUAGCAGAGCAUGCAUUUUAGAUCCAACAGGAAGAGCUUAUUUUAUCCCAUUUCUCACUUUGUAGUUCUCUCACUGAUGGUAGCAGAGACUUAUUCAAUAUACCUGUAUCCCCUUUUAUUUGAAGUGACUGGAAACUCUGAGUAAUGGAAAUAGUUAUCUUACCAUGUGCAAUUUCUGUGUUGCAUACUUUAUUGAGUUUGGAGCAGUGUCAUUUAAAUUGGCCACACAAUUCCCUUCCCAUGAAUUAGCGUUGAAUAUUUUGUCCUGAAAAAUGUGUUAUGUUAGUGACUGCAAUUUUGUAGUCUAAACUGUGCAGAAUUUGGUUCCCACAAGUCAUUUGCUUAUUACUUAUGGGUAUCUAAAGGUAAUUUUGUUUAAAUUUCCAAGUGAAACCAAAGGUUACUUCACAUUGACCCUGUUGGCUUUCAUAAUUGCGCUAAUGCGUCUGUCUAAUUUUGGUUUCACCUCUGCAUCAUAGGUUCUGUUGCCACAGCUCAUGAUUCAUUCAAUCGGCAUGCCUCAGUCAUUCCAUAUGAGGAAAUUGAGCUGAUAUGUUCAGAUCAUUAUAAAACUCCUUAAGUGUUAGUUAAAUUGUGCUGAUGGCUAUGUGGUCAUAUCUGAUACUCAUUGUGACAAUGUUGGUUUGAUUUGUUUUUCUUUCCCCCCUGAAGAAUGUUUUGAAGAAGAUGGUUUGAAACAGACACUAAAGCUUUCAGAAAGCUUUCUGUUGUACACAUUUUAUCCCUGAGUCUUUUUUAUGAUUAUGGUUAGGAUAUGUGCUGGCGAAUCGCUUCAAUGAUGUCGUUCUGUUUAGUUUGUGCUUCCUAACACGGUUGUCUGCUGAGGGCUUGUGUUGGGAUAUCAAGCUGAAAACUAUAUGCUGUCUUUUAAUCUUAAUCCUCCAGCAUUCUACUCUUUUUGUUUAUUGUUCAAAUAAAAGAUUGUGGAAAACCGAA